AUGGUGGCGCCCACCACUUUCAAAACGGCAGUGGUUCUGAAGAAAAAGCAGCUGAAGGAUGCAAAUCUUAGACAAGUAUCUGUUAGAAGGUUUGCAUCGUUCAAUCUCUUUUCAAGAGGACAAGACAGCAAAAGGAUUACAGAAGAGGAGACCGAGACUUGGGUUCAGUACAAAAGCAUCUUUUACCCUGAGUAUAGCAUCUACUUAAGAUUUAACGAUGGACUCUUAAAUGUGGAAGAUGUUCUUACAAGUUUUGACAACACAGGGAAUGUCUGUAUCUGGCCUUCUGAAGAGGUGCUAGCUUACUAUUGCCUGAAGCACAAUCAAAUGUUCAGGGACCUUGCUGUGUGUGAGCUAGGGGGUGGCAUGACAUGCUUGGCUGGGCUCAUGGUUGCUAUUUCUGCAGAUGUCAAAGAAGUUCUGUUAACUGAUGGAAAUGAAAAGGCCAUCAAAAAUGUGAGUGACAUCAUCAGAAGGAACCAAAAUGAAGGAGUAUUUAAGGCUCAAAUAGUAUCAAGCUGCGUUUUACGAUGGGAUAAUGAGACAGAUGUCUCUCAACUGGAAGGACAUUUUGACAUUGUUAUGUGUGCUGACUGCCUGUUUCUGGACCGGUACAGAGCUAGCCUUGUUGAUGCAAUAAAGAGAUUACUCCAGCCCAGUGGAAAAGCAAUGGUAUUUGCUCCACUCAGAGGGAAUACUUUAAACCAGUUUUGCAAUCUAGCUGAAAAAGCUGGUUUCUCUAUCCAAAGACAUGAAAAUUAUGAUGAACACAUUUCGAACUUCCACUGCAAGUUGAAAAAUGAAGAAAAAGAUACGUAUGAGGAAAACAUCCAUUACCCCUUUCUUCUUGUUUUAACCAAACACGGAUAGAAGAUGAAAUCAUUUCUAAGAGGACAAAUGCAAAUUAAUUUUAUGUGUGAUUUUUUUUCAGAAUAGUUAUUAUAAAAAUAUAAUUUUAGUGGCAAUGAACAUAUGGUUUGCUUGAUUUACCACAGUGAGGAACCCUCAAGACAGAUUUUUAUAUAAUUUUUAGAACUUAUUUUUCCCUACCUUUUGAAAAGAACUUCCAAUGUACAUAGAAGCUCUAAAUUUGGUUUUUCUUUUCCAUUGUGCCCUUCAGUUUGUAUGCGGGUCUUUUUGUUAAUCUCUCUAAACACAAAUUUUUGGUUGUUUUUGAAAAUAUGUAAAUAAUAUGUUUUUGUAAUUGCUGAUUGGUUGUAAAGUGCUAAGGCUUUGUCAUGGAGUUAAGGAGGAAAUAGGGUUUUUUUUAGAUUUUUAAAAGUGUCCAUAUCACAUCUGAGAAUCUUUCUUUUGCCUCUCCUGAAAUUUCUCUGUUGAUUUUUCUGCCAUACAAAAUUGAAAUGCCCUAACUUGUCUCAGCAAUUACUUAAUUUUUUUUGCAACAGGAUUUUUUUUUCUGUAUAGAUGUAUAAGAAAUUAUGUACCAGACAAAAGCCUCAUAAACUGACCAUUUGUCCUUUGGACACAAUAGCUUGCCCAGCCCUCUGCUCCUCCUCUCCAAUUAUGUGUGAUUAGUCUCAGUGUGUUGUGUCAAGAAGGGGGAGUGUGCUGAGUGCUUAUUAUCUGUUUAGGUACAAGAAGAGCACAUUUAGGCUCUGACUAUGAAUGAAAAGUGAGCCUUUAUCAGGACUAAAAUCUAACUGCUACUGUUCUACAAACCUCUGUUUAAAAAUAGAUCCUUUCCUGGGAAAUUCUGAACAUUAUAGCAACUAAGAGAUUUUUUUUAAAUGCAAUCAAGCAAUCAUCUCAUUUAAACCAGGUUUAUACUGUGAUAUACUGUGUGCUCCAGGUAUUUGGCAAACAUUUAAUAUGAUUUAGUUAGUGCUGAGAAAGGGCAACUGUUCUACAGAGAUUCAUGAACAUAUUUUUUCUGACAAUUUAAUAAAACAUUUUAAUGAUUUCUUGAAAUGACAGUCUGGGUCUUUAAGGAAUCCUGUACAAUCUCUUGAACCCAUACACUUUUUAAAUUACUUUAAAAAGCCCUAAGUGCAUUUAAAUUCUCAGUUCCUGUUAAAAUAUAUUAAAACAAUUAUAUUUGGUCACUGCACUUCCUGUCACAUUUAACAAGCUGAGUUUUAUGUAAACCAGUAGCUCAUAAAAGUCCAUUUUCUUCACUACUCUCCUCAAACAAAUGUCUUCACCACCAGUUUGCAUGUCCUUGUAUUCAACACUUUUUAUGCUCCAUUAGAGCACCUAGAUGGAUCUCAGAAGGCAUAGGUCAAGUCGCAGUUAGAUCAUACAUUUCUUUCUCACAAAAACUUGAAUUGCAAUGCCAAGUGAUGGGCUAACAUCACAAUAACAGCAAUUUAUUCCUCUUUUGAUAAAACAGCAGUCUAUUCUCAGUGUUAGAUAAAGACCAGGGGCAAUGCAAACCAGCCAUUUAUCCUAGUAGUUCAGUAGUAGAUCUCCUUUAUGGAUGUUAUGGGUUUCAUAUUCCAACUCUUCUUAGACAAAUAUAUUCUGAAAAGAAAUCAGAAAUGUUUAGUGAUAGCUUAAGGUUGUUUUAAAGGUAGCACUCAUUUAACCAGGUUUUGUUUGCUUCGGACAUAUCACAGAGGAUGUUUCCACUAAGAAAUGCAUACCUAGAAAUCUUUAUAGCUAAUAAAGAAAAGCCAAAGAAGUGAAAUCUGAAAAUAUGGAGAUCCUUUCUAUCUUUGUAAGAAGGGCUUGAGAACAGAUUGUAUGCUAAUCAAAUAAAGACAUAUUAGUUGCCAAAAAUAUAACCACUAAAUUGAAAAUGAUGGGGGGUUUUAUCUGUUUAUUCCUUUAAGGAGAAAACAAGCUUACUAACAUGAACAGCUUAUUGUUUCUUGUUAUUUCUUUACUGCCUGUAGUGCUAGCAAAAGCCAGGUGCCGGCUAUCAUCCCUUAAGAGUAUAAUUGAUGGGAUCUUUACCAAAGACAUAUCUAGGGUUUGAGCCUACAAACGCUUACAUGCUGAAACUGAACACUAAGUGCUUGCAGCAUUGGACCACUAAUCUGUAGGAAAGAUACCAAAGCACUUGUUUAAAUGUUUGUUUGUUAUCAAAUCUGUCUUGUAAAUGAUAUAAGUGUCAGGGGUUGGGGACUGAGAGAGUGUGAGCACACACACACGAGUGAGUGUGACUUUUAAAAGUGUUGUUUGUAAGGAAUAUCUCUGAUAUAAGCACCUCAAAAGGCAGAGCUAACUAUAUAAAUGUUUUCUGAGCUCUCAAAUCUCAAUAAAAAGGCAAUCUUUUGAGGGGGGUGCUUUGAAAUUCAGGUAGCAAAGAUCUCUGAUCAAAGAUUUCUGUUCACGGGUCUCCACAUACUAUCAUAAAUAUAAAUGUAUCAGUGUCCUGUGCAUGACCCACUUUAACUAAAGUCUUUUUGGUAGCUGAGACUUUGUGUAUGUGUAAAUGUGUUACAGAUUUUUAUAUUCCUUAAAGGCAUAUUAGGACUGAUUUGUUUAUGUUUGUAAAACACUUUGAAGAUAAAAGGCACUAUGCAAGUGUUCUGUUGUUGUCUUUGAAAAUAAAUAGAGCCAUUAGGCUG